ACAGAGCUACAUAUCUGGGCUGAGAUUUACAGUAGGCACUAAAUAGGGAACCAUGGCACCAACCGUUAUACUUUUAUCUUUGCUCACUUUUAUUGUUGUUUUAGUUGGAGGAGUAACUACUUCACCUUCUCUUAAAAAAUCAGCUACAACUGCAUCAUAUAAUUUAAAUUACACUCAAACAUCAUCUGCAACUGGAAGCGGGAGAGCCCGUAUUAAAUACAGGACCACCAGCACUUACGGAAACAUCUCACCUACUAAGGUAAGCAGGUUCUCCAAGACGGUCAAAACCACUGAGGCGACCAACAGAGCUCUGAAACCCACUGAGGGAAGCACUAAACCUCUGAGAGCCACGACAUUUAAACCCACUCCGGCCACCAGAGCUCCCAAACGCACAACAGUGAAGCCAUUCGAGUCAACUAAGGGUACCACAAAAACUCUGAAGCCCACUGUGAAAUGGACUGAGGUGAGCACGAAAGCCUUGACACCAACAACAGUGAAGCCAACACUACCAGCCACAAAAACAACGACCACCCCAGUGCGCUUCUCCACAGAGGACCUGAAUGAGAACAUUGAUAAAAACGUGGAACGGAGAGUUUGGAACACAAAAGAAAGUGAAGAACCACAGAUAUUUGAGUGUCCUCCUUUGGGUCUGGAGUCUCUGAAAGUUAAAGACUCGCAGAUUCAGGCCUCUUCUUACAAGCGUAUGGGUUUGGGGCCACACAGGGGCCGACUAAACAUACAGUCUGGUGUGGAGGAUGGCGAUAUCUAUGAUGGAGCUUGGUGCGCCCAGUAUAAAGACCAGAACCAGUGGUUACAGAUAGAUGCCAAGAAGCUCACACGGUUCACAGCAGUUAUACUACAGGGUCGCAGCUCUAUAUGGAGCCUGGACUUUGUAGAAACCUUCAAGGUUCAAGUUAGCAAUGAGACCAUUAAAUGGAAGCCAUGCAUGAAUGGAACAGAAGAGGCGGUGUUUGAGGGGAACAAGGACAGCGAAACGCCAGUCUUGGCCAUUUUGCCCGAGCCGGCGGUGGCACAAUACAUACGCAUUAACCCUCAGACAUGGUUUAAGAAUGGGACCAUCUGUCUGAGAGCUGAAAUUUUGGGCUGUGAGCUGCCAGAUCCAAACAAUAUAUACCCAUGGCAAGCUGAGGAAGGCACCAAGGACAAACUGGACUUCAGACAUCAUAACUACAAAGAGAUGAGGAAGCUCAUGAAGUCUGUGAACGAGAUGUGUCCUGAUAUCACCCGCAUUUACAGCAUUGGCAAAAGCUACAUGGGCCUUAAACUGUAUGUGAUGGAAAUCUCAGACAAUCCAGGCAAACAUGAGCUGGGUGAACCUGAGUUUCGCUAUGUGGCCGGUAUGCAUGGAAACGAAGUGCUUGGGAGGGAACUACUGCUCAACCUGAUGGAGUACAUAUGCCAGGAGUACAAACGAGGAAAUCAGCGCAUUGUUCACCUGGUCAAAGAGACACGCAUCCAUCUACUGCCCUCGAUGAACCCUGAUGGCUAUGAAAUGGCUUACAAGAAGGGUUCAGAGCUGUCCGGGUGGGCACUGGGUCGCUAUAGUUAUGAGGGCAUUGACAUGAAUCACAACUUUGCAGAUCUGAACACAGUGAUGUGGGAUGCCAUCGAGCUGGAAACGGACAAAUCUAAACUAAUCAAUCACUACUUUCCCAUUCCAGAGCACUAUACUUCAGAAGAUGCUAUGGUGGCUCCAGAGACGAGAGCCGUCAUCAGUUGGAUGCAAACUAUACCUUUUGUUCUCAGCGCUAACCUCCAUGGAGGAGAGCUGGUUGUCACAUACCCAUUUGAUAUGACCAAAGACUGGGCUCCCAAAGAGCACACUCCCACCCCCGAUGAAAGCUUCUUCCGCUGGCUGGCCACAGUUUAUGCAAGCACCAACCAUGUGAUGUCCAACCCAGACCGAAGGCCCUGUCACAAUGAGGACUUCCUUCGUUACAAUAACAUUAUCAAUGGAGCAAACUGGCAUACGGUGCCAGGCAGUAUGAAUGACUUUAGUUACCUGCACACCAACUGUUUUGAGGUGACGGUGGAGCUGUCCUGUGAUAAGUUCCCUCAUGCCAGUGAGCUGCCCAUAGAAUGGGAGAACAAUAAAGAAUCUCUCCUUGUCUAUAUGGAGCAGGUGCACAGAGGAAUCAAAGGAGUGGUUAAGGACAAAGACACUGAAGCCGGCAUCGCUGAUGCCAUCAUCAAAGUAGAUGACAUCGACCACCACAUAAGAUCAGCUUUUAAUGGGGACUUCUGGCGUCUGUUGAACCCAGGCGAUUAUGAUAUCACAGUGACCGCAGAGGGAUACUUCCCAUCUACACGAAGUUGCAGGGUCGAGUACGAGCGCUACCCAACUAUAUGUGACUUCCACCUCACCAAGACACCUAAACAGCAUCUGAGAGAGAUCCUGGCCAAGGGAGGCAAGAUUCCCAAAGACCUACAGCUCCGACUGCGGCAGCUGCGCAUACGGAAACUGCGUGCCAGCACUAAGCUUAUUAAUCAACGCAGGGCGUCACAGCAGCGCAGGGCUAGGGGGGCCCACAACUAGACUGACCUUUAACCUUUGACCUGUUUUGCCGGUCAAGUACAGGAUUAAACUAUCAAUGUCACAGGCAAAUGCAGUUUAGAGGGCCUGUAAGUUGCCCUUUCCUGUGGUAACAUACAUUGUGUAUUAUACAUUUAGAGCAGAUACAUUAUGCAGUGUACUGUAAAUUUUACACAGAAAUGUUUCAAACUAAACGGUUAUUGAUAAAAUGGACAAUUAAAAAUAACCCCAUCGUUGGAAAGCUCGAUUUUCGAGCUAAUAUGUGCUCAUAUUUGUGCACAGAAGAGCAAAUACUACAUUUCAGUCUGGAACUGAUGUUUUGUCAAAUGGUUUCAUUAAAUGUUUAUAUUUUGUCUGCUAUAUUUCAAACAGUUUAACCCUGAAAAGAGCUGAUAUCAGAUGAAAUAUUUGCUGAAGAGUUAUUUAUAACGCUAGCAAUUCCCUGAAAUUAAGUUUGAUUAAUUACUGUAUGAUUUAGCACUUGGGUGUUUUGUUUUUGAAGGAAACUGUUGUACACAUGUAUCGAGAUAAACAAUACAAAGAUCAACAUACCUCAUAU